AUGCUUAUUAUCCUCCUGAUUAUUAUCUGCGUUUCACGUAAAACAAGAUCAAGAAGAUUAAGAUAUUAUAGUCAUACAUAUGCUCACUCACAACGCACUGAGCCUCUUUUAGCGUCAAGAUAUGAAUUACAUAUUGUUUCUGAGUUAAACACCAGCAGAACGGAAUCAUUAAAUUUAGAUGAUGAAUGUGCAAUUUGCAAGCAACUGUACAGGCCGAAUGAAAUAGUUGCCCGAACUGAUAGGUGUUUCCACCUGUUUCAUAGUAGCUGCUAUACAAAUUGGAUGAGAUAUAACAGCACAUGCCCAAUAUGCAGAAAAUAA